UGUGCCUGCCCCUCUGCUCUUACAAAUGCUUGCACCAUACCUGGCCUCGUGGACAACCUGCACGUGGGCCAGGAUACCUGCAGGAUGGAUUCCUAGAAAUGGAAUGGCUGGGUGGGAAGGCAGGGGCAUUUGCAAGGCUGUUCUGCUUUGCAUGCCCUGCAACCAUCAACAUUAGAUUUCAGGGCAGACAGCAGAGGGCUGUGGGUUUUCUACAGGAGCUGAAGAGAAAACGGUAAGGGGGAGAGCCCUGGAUUUGGGAGUAAGAAAUACGAUUGGAACAACCGUGACUGACGACUACUGCAAAGGGAUCUCCUCCCACCAUGAACAGGUAUCCAAUGUGGGAGGCGCUGCCCUCGUGAACAGAGGCUCUGAGAGGUUGAGUAAGUUGUCCUCGGUCACACAGCUUCAUGGGGGAGCUGGGAUUCACACCCAGAAUUGCCUGAUGGCAAAGCCUGAGCCCUCGCCCCUCUGCGGCCUGGCCUCCGCGUUAAUGUGCCAGGCUGUCUUGGACAAGCCAAUGCCAAGUCUCCAGGCUGCUCAAGGAAAUCUGGGAAGCUGGCGAUGACACGGUCCCGGCUCACGGGGGGCCCCAACGGCGGCAGGGAGGACCUCAUCCUUCCAGAGCGCUGCGGACCCAACCAGGGGAAAGGGAGUUAGGGGGGCGCGCCCGCGAUCGUCUGCAUCAGCUUUAAAAGCAGAUGCAAAGGACAGAGGUCGUCGGGACCAGGGAGCCAGGCGGCCUCUCCCAACCUGCAGGCGGCCCCUAUGACGCGGGGGUCGGAAGACCCCGGUCUGCCCUUGACAGGACCCGCCUGGGCCUGGCCCGGCGUGGGCGCUCGGGAAAACGAGGAGGCCGAGAAAGGGACGCCGCGGCGCCCUCGCGACCCCGGGGCUCCGGGACCGGCUCGCGCUGGCGAUGGGCCGAGGGUCGGACUCACCAGCCACGGCUGCGGAGGCUGCAGCGCCCGUGCAAGCGCGGCCGGCGGCAGCGGUCACCAUGACAACCAGGGUCACGCGAGACCCGCGGCGUCGGGCGGGGCCCGGCGGCUCGGGGGCGGGGCCUGCCCAGGCGAUCUCCAUGGCAACGAGAGGCUGGCCUCGGAGGCCCGAACCGGACCAAUCCAGCAGUCCGGGAGCGGCGUCUGGGCGGGGCCUACCCAGGUGAUCACCAUGGCAACGGCGCCAGACGACUUCCGCAGUAAGGGAGCGGCGUCUGGGCGGGGCCACCAGCGGAGAGACUCGCGCAAGCGUCAGCGCGCCGAAGCACCAUGGCAACGAAGGCGUGGCCGGAUCUGCCCGCGGUGGGUGGGCCCGGGGAGGCCUGGGGGUGGAGCCUGGACUGCAGGGGCGGAGUCUGGCCCGGACUGACCGCGGGGAAACGCUCCCACGUGGUCCCCGCUUCAAGCCACGUGGCGGUGGCUCAA